AUGACAGAUGAGUUUCUAUUUCAAGACAAUAAGAACCAUACUGUCUGUAUAAAUCCAACAAAAGGAACUUUAAACGAGAAACCUAUAAAUGAACUUCUUUUGAAAGCAGAUGUUGAAAAUAAAGCUGACAAAGAAUAUGUCAUUGAAAAAGUUCAAGAAGAACAUGACAGAGCAGAUGCAACAUAUGCAACAAAAGAGGAUGUUGAAAAUAAAGCUGACAAAGAAACUGUAGAUAUGUUGGCACAAACGGUUUCAAGUCAUGACAGAGCUUUAAUGGAAGAUGGACAACAGUUGAAAGAGCUUGAGAAAGGUGUUACAGAGUUAAGGAAUACAAAAGCAGACUCGACAUGGAUAGCUGGAUAUGUAGAUGCAACAAAAGAAUAUAUUUUCGCAUGGACAGAAGGAACAUAUCCACAAAAACAUCAUACACAUUCUAUAUCUGAUAUUACAAACUUACAAGAAACCUUAAACAGGAAAAGUGCCGUUGGACAUACACAUACAUCUUCUGAAAUAACAGACUUACAAGAAACAUUAGAGACAAAAGCAGAUAAAACAUAUGUCAAUAAAAUAUACCAAAGUUUGAUAGGAACAAAAAAUAUUGAAACUAUUGUUGGUGACUUUUCUUUCAAUGAAGAAAAUAAAUAUUUUAGAUGGCAGUUUGUACAUUCCUUAAAAAAUGGUACACGGCAUAAACUCAUUCCGAAAAAUAACAAUGAAAUGUAUGUAAGCUAUAUAAAGAAUGAUGGUACACAAGUUAAAGUUCCAUUAGACAACAACUGCUACUUAAACUUAUAUGGAGAUGAACAAAAUAAAUAUUUCCGAGUUUAUGAAAUGGUGGAUAUGAUAUUACCUGACCCAUCUCCAGCACCAUAUUAUUAUGACUAUGGUGCUGACGACAAAACACCACAUGUAGACCCAAAAAAGCAAACAUUAUAUUUAGAUUAUUAUAGAUAUAAAAGAUAUAAUGCAAUAGACAAAACAAGAAUAGUAUAUUAUUAUGAAGAUGACAGAAAUAAAUAUUAUAGUCAAGACUUUACCUACCCUGAAAACAUAAGAUUAUAUUAUAAAAAAUAUUCUGACACAAACCAGAAGAAACCUGAAAUAGUUGCACUAUAUUUUAAGUUCAAAAGAGACAAUCCUAUAAUAUCUCAUAUGUUUGAUUUAAUGAACCCAGUAGGUUCUAUUUAUACAUCUAUGGAUGCAAGAGGUCCUCAAGUAAUGUUUGGUGUUGGUGCAUGGGAACAAAUAGUCGACAGGUUUUUGUAUUGUGCAAACUCUUCAAAGGAAACAGGUGGAAGUAAAACGAUUUCAGGUGAAAAUUUACCUGCACACAGUCAUUACAUAGAUUUAAGUACAUCUCAAGCAGGUUGGCAUAGGCAUAGAUAUUGGGGUUGGACAGGAAUGACAAAAGGUAAAGGAUAUGAUGUUAAAGACGACGUUAAGUUUGCUAUAAAUUGUUACUGGGAUGACACUUGGGGAGAAGGAGACCAUACACAUCACGUUUCAGGAUAUACGCAAACAACGGGACAAAGUAAAGACUACAUGCCACCUUACAUGACAGUUUACGCAUGGUAUAUAAUUGCUUAG